AUGCCUAGCACAGAAGCGUCGACUAACACAAAAUCUGACCAAGCGCUAGCAUCGGAAGCCACUGUUACUGUGUCAGGGCGAUCACCACGUCAUUCAGUCGACAUCAUCGUCGAGCAGCAAGCCAACAACGCAGGGACAACCUGGACGCCAUUACCGCCAUCUAGCAUAGCGAGCCCCAAAGGCGUGUUUGAGGUCCAAGAAGUACAAGCAAGCUUCCCAGAGGCACAAAACCUAGUCUUCGGCGUAUGCGAUGCAUCCCCGUCAUUAUGGGAUCAAUUGAAGAUCUCUGUUGAGAGGGUGCUGCGACGGAAGUUGCUGUGGCGGCCAUUGGAAGAGCCUUUACGCCCACCUUGCCCCUGGACUUCAACGAGUUAUUGGAAAUGCGCGAGUCCUACCCUUAUGAGCGAAGUUUGA